GCCUCGGGCGCGGCGGGAGAGCAGUUAGAGCCGAUCUCCCGCGCCCCGAGGUUGCUCCUCUCCGAGGUCUCCCGCGGCCCAAGUUCUCCGCGCCCCGAGGUCUCCGCGGCCCGAGGUCUCCGCCCGCACCAUGCGGCUGGGCAGGAAGGCUAGACCAGCCUCAGUGGUGUCCCUCGCUCCCCUUCAUCCUCACGCCAGCAUCACUGUGUUUCUGGGGAUUUGUUACCGCGAGAGCUAGAGAGUGGCGAGAGGCUGUCAGCCCCUCGGACUUGCUGUGCUGGGCAGCGGGGUGGUGGUCCUGGCCCCGGACCCCGAAUUCCCAUGGAGAACAGAGGCAGGCAGGCUCCUGGCUCUGCCUUCACAUUUCUGCGAUGUGCCUAACUACCUCCUGCCCGUGGGAAACCAGCCUGCUCCUGUUUGGAAGAUGCAGAUACUCAGGAGAAGGAAGUCAGAGCGAUGGUAGGCAGCGACGUGGAGCUCAGCUGCUCUUGCCCUGAAGGAAGCCGUUUUGAUUUAAAUGACGUUUACGUAUAUUGGCAAACCAGUGAGUCGAAAACCGUGGUGACCUACCACAUCCCACAGAACAGCUCCUUGGAAAACGUGGACAGCCGCUACCGGAACCGAGCCCUGAUGUCACCAGCCGGCAUGCAGCGGGGCGACUUCUCCCUGCGCUUGUUCAACGUCACCCCCCAGGACGAGCAGAAGUUUCACUGCCUGGUGUUGAGCCAAUCCCUGGGAUUCCAGGAGGUUUUGAGCGUUGUGGUCACACUGCAUGUAGCAGCAAACUUCAGCGUGCCCAUCGUCAGCGCCCCCCACAGCCCCUCCCAGGAUGAGCUCACCUUCACGUGUACAUCCAUAAAUGGCUACCCCAGGCCCAACGUGUACUGGAUCAAUAAGACGGACAACAGCCUGCUGGACCAGGCUCUGCAGAAUGACACCGUCUUCUUGAACACGCGGGGCCUGUACGACGUGGUCAGCGUGCUGAGGAUCGCGCGGACCCCCAGCGUGAACAUUGGCUGCUGCAUAGAGAACGUGCUUCUGCAGCAGAACCUGACUGUCGGCAGCCAGACAGGAAAUGACAUUGGAGAGAGAGACAAGAUCACAGAGAAUCCAGUCAGUACCGGCGAGAAGAACGUGGCCACGUGGAGCAUCCUGGCUGUCCUGUGCCUGCUUGUGGUUGUGGCGGUGGCCAUAGGCUGGGUGUGCAGGGGCCGAUGGCUCCAACACAGCUAUGCAGGUGCCUGGGCUGUGAGGCCGGAGCCAGAGCUCACUGGCCAUGUUUGACCAGAGCUCACUGCCCGGAGUGUGGACAGGGCUUCCGUGAGACGCCACCAUGAGAGGCCAGGUGGCAGCUUGAGAAUGGACUCCCAGACUGCAGGGGAGCACUUGGGGCAGCCCCCAGCAGGACCACUGCUGGAUCCCAGGGAGAACCUGCUGGCGUUGGCUGUGAUCCUGGAAUGAGGCCCUUUCAAAAGCGUCAUCCACACCAAAGGCAAAUGUCCCCAAGUGAGUGGGCUCCCUGCCAUCACUGCCAGUCACCCACAGGAAGGGACUGGUGAUGGGCUGUCUCCACCCGGAGCAUGCAGGAUUCAGCACCAGGCUCUUCCCAGUACCCCAGACCCACUGUGGGUCUUCCCGUGGGAUGCAGGAUCCUGAGACCGAAGAGUGUUUGGUUAAGAAAGAAGACUGGGCAUCCACUCUUCCAGGACGGCCUCUGUGCUGUUGGGGUCAUGCGAGGCUGUUUUCAGGGGGCAUGGUCACAGGAGCUCUUCUGCCCUGGACGCUCCCAACCUGCCUCCCACCCGGAGGCCACAGGACCCACGCAUGUGUGUGCCCACAAGUGCAGGCAGCCGUCCACACCGAGGAGCCCCCGGAAGUCCCCACUGGGCUUCAGUGUCCUCUGCCACAUUCCCUGGGAGGAACAGUGUCCCUCAGCUGUUCUGGUGAAAAGUUGAGCUGCCUUUGGAAGAGGCAUGGGUGGAGUUUGCCAGAAGAAAGGCUGUGCCAGGGCCGUGUUUGGCCAGCCGCAGAGGAUGCCGGGGCUCUUGGCUCUGCAGCGAGAAAGACACAGCCCAGGAGGGCUGAAGACGCCCAUGUCCAGCAGGCUCAGGCCUGGCAACACGGGCCCCAGAGUCCUGAGCAGCAGUUAGGUGCAUGGAGAGGGUAUCACCUGGUGGCCACGGUCCCCCUUCUUACCUCAGCAGUGAUCCCCAAAGUGAGAAGUGGCUCCCCCGGCCCCCACCACCCUCAGCAGCCCCACCCCACUCAACCCUGAGGGUCCCCAGGGUUCUGAUGAAGACCUCCGACCAUAGCGCCAGGUUCCUCAGAGCCCAACAGUCCCAAGGGGGCAGGAGACGGGGUGGCCCAGUGCUGAGGGGUACAGCCCUGGGCCCUGACCAGCCCUGGCACCUGCCAUGCUGGUUCCCGGAAUGAAUCAGCUGCUGACUGUCUCCAGAAGGGCUGGAAAGGACGCUGCCAGGUGACCCGGGGUGCACUCGCCUCAAGGAGACGGAGUAGACGGCCUGGCCUGGCCCUUAGGACACAGUGUCUGCCCCGGGGCUAUGGGCAAACGCCCCUCCUUCUUACGUCCCAGAAUCCCCUGACAGUCCCAGGGUCAGCCAGGACCUGUUACAGCCCUGGUCACGUGGAACUGACAGCUGUGUGAGGCCUGCACUUCUCAGACCCAGACUUAGAACAAAAGGAGGAGUGAGGACUCAUGGCUACAAUGAGGUUCCAGUACUUGUUACAAGAAAUUGGUUUUCUACAAAAAAAGUCCCUACCUGGGCCUUUAAGUGAAUGUGGGAUCCACUCCCGCUUUUAACAUGAAAGCAUUAGAAGAUGUGUGGUAUUUAUAAAAGAACAGUUGUCAUCACCGGGCAUUGAUUGGCAGGGACAAGGAGCUGCUUGGGUGUGGAAAGUCAGGGCGUUGGAAAGUGGGGUGUGGUGCCCAUUUGCAGUGACUGUGAAGUGACUCCAGGAUGGACCUGCGGGGGCACCCAGAGGUCCUAAGCCCCAGAACUGAGGGUCGUGCAUCACCACUCGGGUGUCCCGGGAGGUGCCCUGGGCCCAGGGACCUCACAGGCAGGACGGCGACACUAAUGCAGGGAGAGGGAGUCUGGCUCCAGCUUUUCCCAUCGGAGGCAAUUUUCCUUCACCAGGGGACAGGCAGGAAAGAUGUAGAGGCCCCAGAAGCUUCUACCCCUCAUGCCUGGGGCACGGGGGACACUUGGAGGCUGCUGUCACCACUGUGCAUCCAAGGCCAUGCCCUCUGCAGGUCAGUGCCUGAGUCUUGCCUCCCUGCUGGUCCCUGAAGCCCCCUCAGAAGCCCUGCCUGUCAUGUCGGCAUUUGUGAGACCCACCCUGUAACGCCUGCCCCGCUCAGCCCGCCAUCAGCUUCCUCUUUGUCCCUUGCUGUAGACAGGCUGGAUUCCAGUGUUGUGACAGCCAUCUCCAGAAACCUGACUUAAGAGAGUAAGAUGCAAAUCGUGCCUGUAUCCUGUGGCUUCAGUGGGUGCAGGGAGUCUUGGGCACAGCCAGCUCAGCUGUCUGUGGUCUGAGCAGGAACAGGUGCCACUCCUGCUCGGGGGACCCUGCCCUACACCAGGCUGUUCUGUCCCCCUGGGGGACAUAGGGCCAGGUCUGGAGGCAUUUUGGGUUGUCACAGCUGGGGGCUGUUCCUCGGCUUCAGCGGGUGGAAGCCCCAGAUGCUGUUCAACAUCCUUCUGGACACAGGAGGCCCCGACACAGAGAAGCGUCCACCCACAAGUCUACAGUCUGAGGUCUCCCCUCAGAGACCCUGCCCUGCACACCCACCUCCAGCCAAAGGUCCUGCCUGCCCCAGGGCUCAGGGGAAACUUGCUGGUCUGUGGAACAGGAGAGGGGACUCUCGCCAGCUGCACCACCCUGCACAUAGUAGGUGUGCAGUAAACACCCACCAGGGAGGCUCCAGUCAAGGCUGGCAGAUGGGGCGGUCCAUCCCUAGGGCAGGUGACAGAAGGGAAAAGGCUGCCUGCUGGCCCCCAAGCCAGGUAGCACAUGCUUGUGCCUCAGUUUCCCCUCCUGUAAAGUGAGGCGCUGGAUCCAGGUUCUGUCUACUGGGCUCUGCAGCUUGGACGCUCCUAAGACCAAGGGACCCACCCUGGGGAGGGCGGCUGUGGCUUUGGAAUAGCUGUCCAGGCCCAGGCGCCUCCAAGAAGGCUGCCAAGCCCUGCCUGUGGUGCCGGGGUGCGGGGGUGAGGGGCAAGACUCCAGAGGCCUCCUCUCUGCAUCUCCUUGUCUUCAGUGGCUGGAGGUGAGGCCUGAGCUCAGGGGAGGGGCUUCUGCCACGAACCCCAUGGCGGGGCACAGCACACUUUUCCCAGGGAGGACUCCUGGGCCCCCUGCGUUCUUCCCAGCGGAGUGUGGGCUCACCUUGCAAGAGCGACAUUGAGAAGCUCCAGCUCUGGGAGCGUGCAGACUCUUAACCAGGCAGGCCCAGGCCCUGGGGGCACACAAAGGUGGGGCCUGCUCUCCCCAGCUGCCCCUGCCAAUGGGGGCUGAACUGUCCUACCCUCCUCCCUUCUACCUCCCCAGUCUUCCCUCUCCACUGUCACCACUGCCUCCCCCUUCCACUGUCCUCCAUGCACUGCCCUCCCUCCACCUUUCCCCACCCCCACCACUCUCCAUGCUGUCCCCAGCUCACCCCGCUCUGCCCCCUCCCCACUGUC